UUUGCGUUUUUUGCGAGUUUCGUGGCCACUGCGGGUGCUCCUACAUGUUCGGAAAGGGAGGGGAGGAGGAGGGGUAUUCAGUUGGUUGCAAUCUGCAACCUGACCACUAGAUGCCACUAAAUACUACACACUGGUCCUUUAAUUUUCCCCUUAAAAUUCCAUUAAUUUUCCAUUUAUAAUGACGGAAUUAGGCUAUUUAUUAAUGUUUUUUAAGGGGACAAUUAAUGGAUUGAAAUAAAUCAAGAUAUUUUUAAUGAUUAUUUGCAUGGUUUAAGGGGUUUUAAGGGGUUAAAAACUUUAAAAUGGUGUGAAAACUAUGAAAACCACCCCUUACUUAAACCUCAAAAUGCCUAUUUAAGGCAAAAAUUUAGGGUUAGUUGUCAUGGAUUUUGCUCCAUUUUAAGGUGUUUUUUCAGGGGCGAAUUGGGGAGUAAUUGCUGGUAUUUUAAGUGAUUCUUGUUAAUAGUGGAUCAAUAAAAAAAUAUACAUAGCUCACACACAGGUGCCCCUCCCAUCUGCUCCGUUAGUGAUUUGCGUAUUCAUGCUGCCUUCACGAUCACAAUCACGUCGUAACUUUGAUAAUCACAUGCACGACCUGACAACAAACGUAGCUAAUUUAUAUGACAAGUGAAGUGAUGAUAUACUGAAUAUGGUUUAAUGGAUGGACAGAGAUGGUCCAUUCUACAAAACAACGUAUAGACAAUAAUUAGACGUUAAAAACUCCCGUGGAGUACUUUUUGUCAUUUCCCUACGACUAUAAUAUAGUAGCAAAUGUUACGUGCUUACAGGGAAACGCUAAAGUAGCAUUUGUCCAUGUCAACAGUCCGUCUCACCAGUGCCCACACAGCUCCAUACAACACCCACAACUGACAGCAAACAUGUUUUCAGUUUGGAGAAACCUAAAGUUCAGUCGUACUCUUAUUCCGCCGUCUAGUACGACUGCAGCGAACUUCUUCUCUCUUCGCACACAACAAACUUCGGCUCUCUGCAGCGAGUUAGACAGACGUCCAUGCAUAAACCCAAACAGAAAGUAUUCAGGAAAAGGCUUCAAUGUGCCGCCGAGCGCCGAGUUUGUUGCAAGGGUAUCAGGGAUCCCCACCAUGGCCAAAUUACCUUACCAGGAGACAGCGGACGGGCUUGAUGCCGCGUUUAUCGGCGUCCCAAUUGACACCGGGACCUCCAACCGACCUGGAGCAAGGUUUGGUCCCAGGCAGAUCAGAGUAGAGUCUGCCAUGCUGAGGGCCUACAACAGCGGCACCAGAGCAGCACCUUAUGAGUCCCUCAUGGUGGCUGAUAUUGGGGACGUCAAUGUGAACGUAUAUGACCUGAAGGACACCUGCAAACGCAUCAGGGAGACCUAUAGAAAGGUCCUGGCUACUGGCUGUAUCCCUCUGACUAUGGGUGGCGAUCACACAAUUGCAUAUCCAAUCCUACAAGCUGUUGCUGAAAAGUACGGCCCAGUGGGUCUGAUCCAUGUGGAUGCUCAUGCUGACACUAGUGACGUGGUCUUGGGGGAGAAGAUCGGCCAUGGGACUCCAUUCAGACGCUGUGUAGAGGAGGGCUUACUGGACUGCAAGAGAGUGGUCCAGAUUGGCCUGCGUGGUUCAGGCUACUCUGCAGAUUCAUAUGAAUGGAGUCGGGCACAGGGGUUCCGUGUGGUCCAAGUGGAAGAGUGUUGGUUCAAAUCUCUUGCACCUCUGAUGGCUGAGGUCAGGGCUCAGAUGGGCAGCGGUCCCGUAUACCUCAGUUUCGACAUUGAUGCUCUUGACCCAGGCUUCGCCCCUGGAACAGGCACACCAGAGAUAGCAGGGCUUACUCCCAUACAGGGAGUUGAGAUUAUUCGGGGCUGUCGUGGUCUGAACCUUGUUGGAUGUGAUCUAGUGGAGGUGUCUCCAGCCUAUGACACAACAGGAAACACUGCACUGACGGGUGCCAACCUUCUUUUUGAAAUGAUGUGCGUCCUUCCAAAAGUUAAAUACCUCUGAUCAGUAUAGAGGACACAGAACAGAUAGUUUUUUACACAAUGAAUACAGAUGAUUAAACUGAUAAGGAAGGAAAAUUCUGCAACAAUUACAAUUUCAUGUUUUAGUAAAUAAACAUAAAGCACUUUAUUAAGACCAACAAGAGGAUAAAUGCACUAUUCAAGAACACCUGCAACAACUGAAAAUGACAAUACCUAGAGUAUUUUGAUAAAUCCUAAAAAUGUGAAAUGCUAUCCUAAUCUUUCAAAUUAAACAGUCCUAUUACAUGAUUAUGUACAAUAUUAACAACAUGCAAUAACAUCAAAUUUAUAUUAAUAACAUUUUUACACUUUAUGUUAAGAAGAACUAAUAAAACAAGCAGGUACAUGCAAAGUUUGACUUCACUUUCAUGCGUUUGUCAUAUGUAUUUUUAAAUCAUAUUGAUAUGAGAAAGCAUCAGUCAGGCGUGGCCAUUCAGAACAUGAAAACAUUCAACAGAAAGAUCAUUGGGGAUGAAGAGGAUUAAGUAAGUAUGCAGUGGAAUUGACAGCUGUUGUGGUCACUUUUUGUGCAUGAGGAUGUUACAAAGUGGUUGUUGCAGCUGCUGGUACAUAUAAACAAAUCUCUCAACUUCCUUUGUAUUUUCUAGCAGCAAAUGAGACAUUUUAGCAGUCUCUAAAAAGCCCUGAUCCACAGAGGCAAACUGCAAGUAGUCCUUAUAAGAAAAAACUCAGCUAUGACGAUGCAGAGAUAAAAUGUUCACUUAGAUAGUAAUGCAAUCACUUUGACAGUAGCACCAAAAGGUAUAUGGAAAAUGCAGUUUUUAGUCAUCCUUCUGCACUGCACAUUCAAUGUUUAUCUGUAUUAUUGCUAACAAGACAGCCUGACAUUUACCUGCUCCACAAAUAUCUGAGGAAGAAAGUCUAUUACAAACUGCUUGAGGUGCUUAUUUGUUGCAGCAUUAUGGAAAAACCGCACUUUGCUAUUGACGACUCCAAGUAUAGAUGGGAUGCGAUGAGUACUGAGGUACUAACUGUGUCUCAUAGCAUCUAACACACCUGUUCCGACGCCUGUAAAGAGAGGAUAUCCUCACUGUGGCUGCAGUUGAAGCACCAGUCAGAGGUCAAGCAUGGUUUGAUGCUGUCAGCAGCACUGAGGAUCUCCACUACAGCCUGCAGCACAGACGUGACCCUGUUACAACAGUUAAAAACUAUUGCUAUGGUGGAUUUAAUCUGAGGAUGUUCAGACCGGAAAAUCAUGACACAGAACAGGACAAACUGGCUCUAACCAGAAUAGAGAGAGAAUUGGAAGGUCCCUGUGCACAACUGAGCAAGAAGAGAAGUACAUCAGAGUCUCUAGUUUGAGAAACAGAUGCCUCACAGGUCCUCAACUGGCAGCCUCAUUAAAUGGUACCAGCAAAAAAACAGUCUCAACAUCAACAGUGAAGAGGCAACUCCAGGAUGCUAGGCCUCUAGGCAGAGUAGCAAAGAAAAAGCAAUAUCUGAGAGAGACUGGCCAAUAAAAGGGAAAUAUUAAGAUGAGCAAAAGAACACAAACAUCGAACAGAGGAAGAUGGGGGG